UAUAAACUUUUGUGGUCAAAGUUUUCUUCUUUUCUCAGAUACGAAAUAUCAGACUAUCGAAAUGAUAACCCAAGCUUUUAAAGGCUACCUCGUCAAUUACAUAAAACUCAGUUGUUUCUUCUGGUUUUCACCCGUUUCUUGGAAUACUUCCCUUUCGAAGAUUGAAUUCAUAAGGGAGAAAAAACGUCGAAAUGUAUUCCACGUGAUGAGAGCAAUUUUAACCUUGUACAUACUUGGGAUGGUGUGGCACGCGUUGGAUGGAGACUCUUCGACUGAUUUAAAACUUCAAGCUGUGGCAAUAAUAGCGUUUUUUGUUUUUAUCCUGAUUCUCACGUGGAUUUGGAGUAUGGCAGUUUCUCCGGUACAAUUAUUCAACUCGUUCAGCAAGUUUGAAGAUUACUUGAUUAAAGAAUAUGGCCAUAUUACACAUUGGCGACGUUCAUUGAUCACGAGAAACUCGACCAAAGGAAUGCUGAUAUUUUGUCAAAAUCUACAAGCUUCUUCAGUUGUGUGUCCAUUUUUGAAUUUUGCCUUAGUUCUGGUUCACCCUUGUCAGCCGCCGUUCCUUGGAUCAAUGACACCUUUUUGUACGAGUGGGGUGUGGUCGAAUUCGGAAAUUGCCAACUAUUUUAGAUUCCCUAUCGCCUUGGCGGAUCUUUGGUUCUCGUUCCUAUGCAAUGCAGGAGGUGGUGCGUUCAUCAUCAUGUUCUUUGGGGUUUGCGUGUCUUCGUUCCUUGAAUAUUUGGAUCUGAUUGGCAAGCAUUUGAGUCGCUCCCCUUCACCAAAGUUGCGACUGAUGUCGUGCGUAACGCUCUACAGGAAGAUCGCCAUCGCUGAAAAGAUACUAAACGCCACAUUCGCGGCUUUUGUGUUGCCCACAAUUUUAUUUAGCGUCGUAGGGAUUCAAAUAUUCUCUGGUUUUGUGUCAAUUUCGAGGGAUUCGUUGAUUCCGAUGCCACAGUUCCUGCUUUUCCCACUCGUCUGGUUGAAUUGUACAUUGUUCAACAUGCUGGUGACCACCCUCUCGUCCUACGUUUAUGGAAAUUCUAACCGAAUAAUUGGAACGUUGGGAGAGCUGGGAUGCAAGCUAAGAUUUAGAAUUGGUAGAAGACUUGCUCGCAGGGAACUGAGAUCCUGUGCUCCUUUGAAAAUUAAGUUUGGCAAUAAUUUCAUUAGCGGAAUUACUCCUCUAGUGAAUCAGGACUUAGCGCUGAAUCAGACCGUGUCGUUAGUGUUGCUUAGAAAGUCUUAAAUAUAAAUAAAUCAUUUUUCUGUCAUUUGAAUGAAAAUGACAAAUGCUAGUGUACAUAUGAAAGAAUUUUCCCUAAUUGCAUUUUUCACACUGGGUUUAAUGCAUUGAAGCGAAGUAGGAAAUCGAGCCCGAUGAAGUGCAAUGAAAUGAACUAAAACGACUGAAUUUGAAUGAAAAUCUUCACUAAGAAAUUGUUAUGACCGAGUUUUGAGUGAAAAUUACAAUCUUAAAGAAGUAUGAUGAUUGGGUGUUUUAAUCAUAUAAAUAUGUAUGUAUGUAUAUAUACAUAUAUUGCGUUUCAGGUAAAAUAUUCAAUACAUUAGAAGAGCAAAUAUUUAUGUAAGAACUAGGGUACCCACAUUAUUAAUAAAUUAAUAAAUUAUUUAGUCUACUUAUCAUCGUAUAUAAGUUUAACAUCAAAAUGAUGCA